CUGCAAAGUGUUCGGAUUCUUUGUUCCUUUCAGUUUCUGUCUCGUUUCUUGGAGUUUCUGUUUCCGUUUGAUCUGAGAUUUUCUCUCUCACACACACACUGCUUCGUCGCUGGUUUGAUUCUUGGGUCCUUCAAUGGAAAUGAUCUGGUGAAUAUAGUUCCUAUUUUGGGCAUUGGCAUUUGGUGUUGCGUUUGACAGGCGAGAAAUCCAGAGAGAGAGUUCUCUGAGAAUCAUGGGCUUCUGGACAUUGAUCGAGGGUCUUCUGCUAUUCACGAACGCAAUGGCAAUCCUCAACGAAGAACGUUUUCUCGCUCCCAAGGGAUGGACAUUGGUGGAUCUUCAGACCGGUGGACGGAAAUCUCUCAAAGGACGAACCAUCGGCCUCAUCCACGCUUGCCACUACUUGCGAUUUCCCCUCAUGCUCUUGAACGUCUUAGUCAUCGUCCUCAAGCUAUUCUCCGGGUGAGAAAGAGCAUUUCUGAAUUCUGAUCCAUCCCAUGUUAGUUCAUUUCAUUCAUUAGUUAUAGUUCCUUUUGCCCGAAUCUACAACAUACCGUUUCUCCUGAGGGUGAACCGUGAACAUGCAAUUGCUAUAUCAUACAUUUUUCGUAUCUUUGCGCUAUUGACAUUAGAUUAAGAACAUGUAAUGCAAUGCAACUUGAAAGGAAGUUUUAUACUUGGAGGGCAAAAAUGUUUCGAUCA